CCUUUUAGCCCAGGUAAUAAUACCUUGAACAAGUCGUAAAUAUUCGGGUAACCUAAAUUAGCAAACCUCAAUGUCGGCGGCGGAGCCCAGAGUUGUCAUGGUGACCGGAGCUUCCUCCGGCAUCGGCCGAGAAGUCUGCAUCGACCUCGCUGAAGCCGGAUUCAGAAUCGUCGCCGCCGCUCGAAGAACCGAUCGCCUCAGAUCUCUCUGCGACGAGAUUAACGGGUUCGGAUCCGAGUCCGGGUCCGAUAAGGCGCGAGCGGUGCCCGUUGAGCUCGAUGUGAGCGCGGAGAGCUCGUCGAUUGAGGGUUCAGUGGAGAAAGCGUGGGCGGCCUGGGGAAAGAUUGAUGUUUUGGUUAAUAAUGCUGGAAUUCGAGGUGGUGUACAUGCUGCACUUGACUGGUCUGAAGAGGAAUGGAAUAGUAACAUAAGGACUAACCUGACUGGAUUAUGGCUAGUGUCCAAGCAUGUUUGUAGAAGAAUGCGCGACGCGGAAGUUGAAGGGUCAGUGAUCAACAUCUCAUCUGUUGCUGGCCUCGAGCGUGGGCAAGUGCAUGGUGCGAUUGCCUACAGCGCUUCAAAGACAGCGGUUACUGCCGUUACGAGGGUGAUGGCAUUGGAGCUUGGACGGUACAAUAUUAGAGUGAAUGCAAUUGCUCCAGGGUUGUUCAAAUCUGAGAUCACCAAAGGCCUAAUGAGUAAAGAUUGGUUAAAAAAUGUGGCCAUGAAGACUGUUCCAUUGAAAACUUUUGGCACAACUGAUCCAGCGAUGACAUCUCUUGUUCGGUAUCUAAUCCAUGACUCCUCUAAGUAUGUGACCGGUAAUACCUUCAUCGUGGAUGCUGGGGCCACCGUCAGUGGUGUUCCCAUCUUCUCCUCCCUUUGAUUUUUUGUAUAUAUACUCACAUUAUUUGUUUAUGUCAGAUCUCCGUUGUGAUGUUUGUAUCAAUGAUAAUCACUACAGAGUGUUAUUUGCUGAAUUCCUUUUCAUUCAA